AUGGAGACUGCCGAGUCGGUAUCCUAUGAAUUCCCAGGCCAUAACGUGGGCGCAUUCCCCCAUCGUCGCGCCAUGGAUACGCCCCUGUUCCCUUACUAUUCCCAUCCGACCACAACCUCAUACUCAUUGCCAUAUCAAACCCAAACCCAACCUUCUCCCGCUUACAAUUUCGGCUCCUUGAACCACCAUACUCACCAUCACCACCACUCUUCUCCUUACCAGUACUUUGUUUCCAGCCAGCCACCGCCACCUUCACUCGCAUCUUCUCGUCUGGCAGAGCAACCACCCUCACUACCUGACAUCCGGCCCGCCAAAAAUGCCAUCAGCCAGGUAUGCAAGACCGAGCCCGGGACGGGGCUGGGUCUGCUAUCGCAUCCAGCGGGAAUUCAGAAAGAUUCCCAAGACAAGAAGGAUGGACCAUCGAUCGAGUUCUCGACUGGUGUCGACGUCUUGAUGAAAGCUAUUCAAUCAAAGCCAUCGACUUCACCACACCCAACACCUAUUCAGCAUCAGCAAUUACUCCCUUCGGUUCAGCAACUAGCUCCACACGGCUAUCCAAACCCAAACCCGAACCCGAAUCCCAUCUACGCAAAUGUCAAUGCAAAUGUAAACGCAAUCGCAAAUCCAAUGUCCCAACAACAAUGCCUCCUCACCAGCGAAGGUCAACUCUCUCGAUCCGGAAAACAACGCAAGUAUACCUGCACAUUACCGGAUUGUGGCAAGAGUUUCGCCCAGAAGACUCAUCUAGAUAUUCACACGCGAGCACACACCGGAGACAAACCAUUUAUCUGCAAGGAGCCUUCAUGCGGACAGCGUUUCUCGCAACUAGGCAAUCUCAAGACCCAUCAACGUCGUCACACCGGCGAAAAACCAUAUCAGUGUGACCUGUGCCAUAAGAAAUUUGCCCAACGGGGCAAUGUCCGCGCCCACAAGACCACUCACCUCCAAGCAAAGCCAUUUACAUGCUUGCUAGAUGACUGUGGGAAGAAUUUCACACAAUUGGGGAAUCUAAAGUCCCACCAAAACAAAUUCCACACAACAACCCUCCGCUCCUUAACAGCGCGCUUCACACAAAUAACCGAACACGGGCCCGCAAACGCCCAAGACCGCGAAUUAUGGGAGUACUUCGCAACACUCUACAAGAAUAGCAAUAAGGGGAUUAAAGGGCGGGGUAAAGAUCGACGAAUCUCAACUACGAAGCGAAACGGACUUGGAAUUAUCAAGGGCGAUGCGCUGAAUCUGAAUCUGGAUACCCGUCGGCUUUCUUCAAUGGAGUCUGAUGAGGAUAGCUCGCAGACGCAGACACGUCGGGGCAGUUAUGAAGAUGGGAUGUCGAUUUAUACGCGUGGUUCGAGUAGUGAUGGUGAUGAAGGGCAAGGGCAAGGGCAUUACUUUUUGGAUCAUCAUCACCAGCAGCAUCAGCGACGGGGGGAUGUUUUGGCUGCGGGGUAUAAGUUGGAGGAUAUGAGGUGA